AAAUAGUAAAUAUAGAAUCCUUUUAUUUCUUAAGGAUAAUGAAUUAUUAGAUGAAUGAUGAUGAUAAAAUAGAAAAUACAAAUAUCAAUUAAAAUGAAGAAACAACUGAAGUAGGAAAUAUAAAUUAUCAAAUAAUUUCAAAAUAAAAGUAGAGAAGGUGGGGAGGAGCAUUAGCUUUUAAUAAAAGCGGGAAUCUAUUAGCAGCUGCAUCAAAAAAUGAUGUUAAAAUAUGGAAAUUUGAGAAUGGAAUUUUAACUAAUCCUUAAUUUUUAAAAGGGAACUCUGUGAUUAGAAUAAUAAAAUUUGGUUAAUAUUCAGAUUUUUUGGUAGGUGGUGGUAGUGAUGAGAAAAUAAUGAUUUGGGAAUUGUGGAAGAAUAAUUGUAAAAUUAAUACAUAAUUAAUUGGACAUAAUGGAAGAGUGAGUGCUAUUAUAAUUAGCAAAAAAGAUGAUUCAAUAAUAUCAUCUAGUGAAGAUGGGACAAUCAAAAUUUGGAUAAAUAAAGAUUAUUAAUGGUAAUGUAAAGAGACUUUGAAGUGUAUGACUGGACCAAUUUAUAGUGUUGUUGAAAAUUCUAAUUCAGAUAUAUUGGCUUCAUGUUCAGAAAAUAAAACUAUAACUUUAUGGAAAUAACAAAGAAUAAUUACUAAUAAUUAAUUAGAAUGGAGAAAAUUUUAGCGUAUCAGAAAUGAAGAUUAUGGAACUAAAAUUUGUUUUAUUGGUCAUGAUAAAUUAACAUGGCAGCCUACUAGUGAUGGAUAAUUAUGCAUAUUUCAAAUGAAUCCAAUGAAUUUCCUUUUUGAAAUAAAGAAAAAAAUAAUAUUAGGAUAAGGAAAUUAUGAUUUCCAUUAUUUUUAAUCAAUUUAUUCAGAUAUUAGUCGUUUGCUUAUUGUAAGACAUAAGUAUAGAAUAUAUUUCUUAACAAUGGAUGAAAAUUAGGAAUUUUAAUUAUAAUAGACUUUAAUAUUUAGUACAAAUUGGAAUUUUGCAGCUUUAAGUCCAAAUGAAGAAUAUUUUGUUACAUGGGAUUUUUAAAGUCAAGAAUUUCAGGUUAGAUUAAGAAAUUAAAUUAAUCAAUAAUGA